GAGAGCGCGGCGUCACGGCAGCACGACGAGACGGAGCGGGUAGAGCGGCACGUAGCCGCGGUCCUCCGGAGCGGCGGCGCCGAGGAAGCGGAAGUAGUCAUCUGGGCGCCGGAAAUGGUGUUCGCCGCGGUGGUCGCAUGGGUUUAAGCCGGGCCUCGCCGUGAUCCCAGCUGUGCCGCCAUGACGCAGGCGGAGAUAAAGCUGUGCUCCCUGCUGCUGCGAGAGCAUUUCGGGGAGAUCGUGGAGAAGGUGGGGACGUACCUGGUGAGGACGGGCAGCCAGCCGCUGCGGGCCAUCUGCGCCGACACCGGGCUGGCGCUGGACCAGGUGAGGAAGGCGCUGUGCGUCCUCAUCCAGCACAACCUGGCCGCCUACCAGCUGCAGAAGCGCGGCUGUGUGGAGUACGAGGCUCGGUGCCGCCGGGUGCUGCGCAUCCUGCGCUACCCGCGCUACAUCUACACGGCCAAGGCGCUGUACGGCGACACCGGGGAGCUGCUGGUGGAGGAGCUGCUCCUCAACGGCAAAAUGACGCUGAGCGCCGUGGUGAGGAAGGUGGCGGAUCGGCUGACGGAGACCAUGGAAGAUGGGAAGACCAUGGACUACGCGGACGUGUGGAGCACGUUUGUGCGCCUGGCGGACACGCACUUCGUGCAGAGGUGCCCGCAGGUCCCUGAAGGCACCCAGGGCCCCGAGGUGCCCCCCCCUGCUGCGCCCACCCUGGUGCUCAACGAGAAGGACAUGUAUGCUGUGCCCAGGCUGAACCUCGUGGGGAAGGGAAAGCGGAGGCGGUCGUGCGAUGAGGAGGAGAGCGGCGCCCCCAGGGCUAAGAAGCAGAAAUCGGAUGCAGGCGGUGAGGAGCCGCCCCCCGAUGACGGCAUUUAUUGGCAAGUGAACAUGGAGCGCUUCCACCAGCACUUCCGAGACCAGGCCAUCGUCAGCGCCGUGGCCAAUCGCAUGGACCAGCCCAGCAGUGAGAUCGUUCGCACCAUGCUGCGGAUGUCCGAGGUCACCACGGCGUCGGGCGCAGCUCACACGCAGCCGCUCUCCUCCCAUGAGAUUUUCCGUUCGCUGCCGCCGGGUUACAACAUCACAAAGGCGGUGCUGGAGCAGUGCCUGGCGCUGAUGGCCGACGACCCGCUGCAGUUCGUGGCGAAAUCCGGGGACAGCGGCGGCGGCACCUACAGCGUCAACCUGCACCGCGCGCUGCGCUCGCUGGCCACGGCGACGCUGGAGUCCAUCGUGGAGGAGAGGUUUGGUUCCCGCUGUGCGCGGAUUUUCCGCCUCCUGCUGCGGAAGCAGCACCUGGAGCAGAAGCAGGUGGAGGAUUUCGCCAUGAUCCCGGCCAAGGAGGCCAAGGACAUGCUGUACAGGAUGCUGUCCGAGAACUUCGUGGCGCUGCAGGAGAUCCCCCGGACCCCCGACCACGCUCCGUCCCGAACCUUCUACCUCUACGCCGUCAACGUGCCGUCCUCCGCCAGGAUGCUGCUGCAGCGCUGCUAUAAGAGCGUGGCCAACCUGAUGGAGAGGCGGCAGCACGAGACCAGGGAGAACAAGCGGCUGCUGGAGAAAUCGCAGCGCGUCGAAGCCAUCCUGGGCUCCAUGAUGGCCACCGGCGCUGAGCGCGCGCAGCUGCAAGAGAUCGAGGAGAUGAUCACGGCUCCGGAGCGGCAGCAGCUCGAGAGCCUCAAACGCAACGUCAAUAAGAUCGACGCCAGCGAGAAUCAGGUGGACGAAACCAUCUUUGUGCUCGAGUCGUUCAUCGAGAGCACCGUGAGGACGGCGUGAGCGGCGCUGGUGGGGCGCUGCGCGGGGGG